AUGGCAACCAUGGUGGCCGAGAAUGCGGUAUUGACUUCACUGUAUACCGCAGUGAUGAAUGUAUUGAAAGUUCCAACUGAUGCUGUUUCUCUGUUUCCGGAACUGACUGAGUUUGAGGCUCAUCAACUGCUGACACUGACACAGCAACUCAUUGACUGUCAGCAACUGCUGGAAACACUGAAGCAGACCCACACUGAGCGACACUUUAGGCGGAUCACUGAGCUUCCCUGCACUGUGACGGAUGGCCUCUAUGGACUGAGGAUGCAGCGACCACUGGUCGAGACUACUGCAAUCAAUGUCUUCUCGCUCACUGCCUUGCACGCGAGGCGAUUUGGGAUUUUUCAAGCCCAGAUGUCACUGGAAGUACUGUUUCUGGGACUGAAGGAGCACCACCUGUCCUACUCCAGGACUGAGACCGGGCUGUACCGCGGAAUCACUGUGAUUCACGCAACUGCGACCUUUGCGAAUGUGGAUCUCACUGCUGUCCUCGGGAACACUGUGACGAAGGAUCAGGCUGACUGGAACCUUGUACUGGCACUGCCAUCUGCACUCUUCCGACUGGCGCACAUGCACUGGCAAGAAAUGGAACUGGACGCUGAGGAGAACAUCUCACUGCUGGUGAUGAAUCCAUUGAAAAACAGAUUCAGCCAAGGCACUGUGAAGACUGAGCCUGGCACUGGCAUGCUCUACACUUUCAACCGGCUGUGGUUGGACUACUGUCUGACAACUGGAAGUGUUGAAAGGUUCGCACUGGAACCCAUGGAACUGGAGACUGGGAUGAUCUUCGAGCUUCAAGGCCUGACUCUUGGCGCACUGUCUGCACUGAGCACUGAGAUGACGUGCGCUGAACUGUACGGAUAUCACUGCAGCGGCCUUGUUGGGCACCUCGUGCUCACUGUGUCUCAAGGCAAAAUGGUUGGACUGAACACUGAUGACAUGUCUUACCAGAUGCAGUUUGAAACACUGGGAACUGCACCCACUGGAGCUAUGAAUCGUGCUCGUGUGGCAUCUGUGCCACUGAGCACUGAUGAUGAUGACGACACGGAUGAGUCCACUGUGGAUGUUGAUUUUGGGCUCACUGCCUACGGACGUCGCAUCACUGUCGAGUUUCGAAAGCGCAAGUGA